UUCCUCCUUGUGCGCUUCGGUCUCUCCACGCUUAUCUAGCAUGCCGCGGUGCUGUUUUCGUUCACUUUAAUCCGUUCAACUCCGUACAUUGGAGAUUUCUAUUUAUUUCUUUACUGUUUUUCCCCCGUCUGUGCGUACGUGCGGUUCUGCAAUGCCCAACAUCGUGCUGUUUAGCGGGAGCUCCCACCAUGACCUGUCCCAGAAAGUGGCCGACCGCCUCGGGCUCGAUCUGGGCAAAGUGAUCACCAAAAAAUUCAGCAAUCAGGAGACUUGUGUGGAAAUAGGUGAGAGCGUGCGAGGCGAGGAUGUGUACAUCAUACAGAGUGGCUGUGGGGAAAUAAAUGACAACCUCAUGGAGCUGCUGAUCAUGAUCAAUGCAUGCAAGAUCGCUUCAUCAUCACGCGUCACCGCCGUCAUCCCGUGUUUCCCCUACGCCCGGCAGGACAAAAAGGACAAAAGCCGUGCACCAAUUUCUGCUAAACUGGUGGCUAACAUGCUGUCGGUAGCCGGAGCUGACCAUAUAAUCACCAUGGACCUCCAUGCUUCACAGAUCCAGGGAUUUUUCGACAUUGCUGUGGACAACCUGUACGCAGAACCCGCAGUCCUCCAGUGGAUCCGAGAGAACAUUCCUGAAUGGAAAAACUGCAUUAUUGUGUCGCCUGACGCUGGUGGAGCUAAAAGGGUGACCUCCAUCGCCGACCGGCUGAACGUGGAGUUUGCGCUCAUUCACAAAGAGCGCAAGAAAGCUAACGAGGUGGACCGGAUGGUGCUAGUAGGGGAUGUAAAGGACCGAGUGGCCAUCCUGGUGGACGACAUGGCUGACACGUGUGGAACCAUCUGCCACGCUGCUGAUAAGCUGAUCUCCGCCGGUGCUAUAAAGGUCUACGCAAUUCUUACCCAUGGCAUCUUCUCGGGUCCUGCGAUCUCGCGCAUCAACAACGCUCCCUUCGAGGCCGUCGUUGUCACCAACACCAUUCCACAGGAGGAGAAGAUGAAGCAGUGCCCCAAAAUUCAGGUCAUCGACAUCUCCAUGAUCUUAGCCGAGGCCAUCCGGAGAACCCACAACGGCGAAUCCGUCUCGUACCUUUUCAGUCACGUUCCGUUGUAAAAGAGAGAAGAGCAGUUACACCUUUUUCCUCCUCCAUCACCAGUUCCAGUAUCAUACACAUGUGGGAGUCCUGAGAGUCGGUCACGUUCGGUAGAUGACAGCAAGCGGCCGUGUCUUGUUUAUCCUGCUCGCAUCACUGUCUUAUUAGCAUUCCGUUCAUGAAACAAACUUUGGGACGAUUUACAGCUGUUCCACUUUCAUGUUUCCAUUUCACGGUUCUUGUUUCUGCUUUGACCAAAUAUCUGAUGCCGAAUUUUGCUUCCAUUAUAUCCCUCAGUGGGAUUUUUGUUUUGGAAAGUACCUUUUUAUUUACCUCGUUUAUUUUGUUCAAAGGUAUGCAUGUGUAUAUAGCUCUCCUACCAGCAGACAUCGCAAUUUUUGCAUUACAAGAGUAUCAUUUUUUUUUUUUUUUUAUGCUGUCUAGGUAUUUAGUUCAGUCCUAAAUGUUCUAGGUUCCCAAGAAUUUUUGUAGCAUGAAUAAAGAUUCAACAGAAGAUGAGUUGUCUAGUAUAUAGACUCUCUCGCUCUCUUGCUUGCGCUCUCUCUCGCGCGCGCGCUCUCGCGCUCGCUCGCGUUCUCUCGCGCUCGCUCGCUCUCUCUCUCUCUCUCAGCCAUUUUUAUGACUUUAUGUGCUUUAUUCUUAGACCUGAUUUAACAUUUAAGCUGAUUUAUAUGAUUUUAAAAACAUGAUGACCCUUAAAACAGCCACGUGAGAGAAAUGGAACGGUUCUUUGGCUUGAUUCCAUCACUGUGCUCUUUAACGAAGCACAAUUUCAUGCACAAUCUUCAUUGGCACAGUAAAUUUGCACUGAUCGGUUAUUUAAAUUGCAGCGGCUCCUUUUACAAGCUGCCUACCUUCAUCAAAAUGGCUAACAGACUGUUAGACAGACCACACUGACUCGUGAUUGUUGAGCUUCGUAUAGUUCUCGAGUGCUGGAUUGCGUGCGUUAGUACAGCAUUUGUGAUUUCCAUGUAACCUCCAUGUUCCAAGUAAGAACAAAUUGUCAUGGGUGAGGCACAUCAUUACACAGUGGCACAAAACUUAUACUUACAAAUCAGGUGUUGUCCAGCAUUGGUGAUAUCCAGCGUUACAAACACGAUUAGACCUUUUAAAUCAGACAUUGGGGGAGGGGUUGUCAUGGGUCAAAGCCACAUGCGCUAAUCACACACGAACAUAGCUAGCUUACAGAACACUAAAAUAAUUAAAUGUGCAGAUGAGUGACAAUGAAAGUUUGCCUAGAAACCUCAGACAUUCCAUGUUCAGUACAUUUCAACAGAGUAUUUAGAGAACAGUAACAGUUUUCACGAAGGGACUCAUUAGAUUUCGAUCUUGAAUUGAGAAACAGCCAAGCGAGGUGGUUGAAUCCAAAUUUCAUUUCAAACACUGGGACGUUCCUGGUUCCAUUUCCUGGCAUCUUUUAAUACAUUUCAUAACGCAUGAAGCAUAAUGCAGGUUCCUGGUUUCCUAAGCAUGAUGUUGAGCAUUAGGAAAUGCAUUCCAGACAUUGUACUCGAGACAUGGAUCAAGUGUUACUGUCUUAAAGUGACUAUGAAAAUAAAAGUUUGCUUUGACAAUG